AUGUCGUCCGCCGCAUCCAAUACAGGCUCGGCCACGGGCACCGCGACCAACACAAACUCAGUCACGGGCUCCAACACGGGCUCAGCGACAGGCUCAGCGGCCUCUGGCAGUAACGCCGGCUCCGUCGCCUCUGGGACCGGCUCAUCAUCCGGCAACUCGUCCUCGCUAUCCAUCCCCCAGACCGCACCCGCAGGCUCAAUAACCGUGACCUCCCCACCGCAAACAUCCGUCGCAUUCUUCAAGAUCGCAGAGGGCGCGCCCAUCACGUUCGCAUGGUCCAUGACCAACGUCCUCUCCACGCCCUCCUCGCUCACCGUCUCCGCCGUAUGCGAGAACGGCGUGACCUUCCCCGUCGGGCCGACGAACGGCGUCAUCGCCGGGUCGGACACGAGCGUCGUGUGGGACGUCUACAGUUUCGCACAGGCGAAUCCGCAGAGCCCGUUGCCGCAGAGCACGUACACGCUCGAGAUAUUCGACGAGAGGGGGAUGGGCGCCGCGCGGAGUCCGGGUCUGCUGAGCCCGAACAGCAAUCUGCGCUUUGCGCUCUACUCGCCGCAGCCGUACACACCGCUUGCAUCAGGGUGGUCAUGUAGCGGUUGCAACGUCUCGCCUGCAGAGCAGUUGCGCACGAGCCCGGCGUUCGUUAGCGUGCUCGCGACGAUUCUAGUUAUGGUCCUGUCCGGCUUUGCUCUCCUCCGCAACACGCUCCGUUAA